AAUUAUCCCCGUUGGAGCCCAGAAACUUGCAAACACAGACUACGCGAAGUGCACGAAGUGGAUAGAGUGGUGUGGCAAAAGUGAAAGAGAAAAUAAAAAACACGGCAAACGUAACGCAACAAAGCAAUAAAAGAGUGUUCUGAGUGCCCCGUAUCUGCUAUUGGAGCUCGAGUUUUAUUCAUUGAUCAACAAAAAGAAGAGAGCAAUGCGUCUCGACACGAACUCAAAUGUGGACUUCAAAGCAUUCGAAUCUAGCUCCAGCUCCAGUUCAUGUCUUAUCAAGUUGGACAACUUGGCCACCUGGGGAGGCUCACAGAAAACAGACACUCGGCUGCCAAUCACGGACUACUCGACGCUGGGCGGACCCCGGCACAAUCGCAGUCCCUUUCCCCUGUCCAAAGAUGUCAAUAAUCGCCUGGUGAUCUGGGAUGGCGACAUGACCACACUGGAUGUGGACGCCAUCACAAACACCAGCGAUGAAACUCUGACUGAAAGCAAUAUCAUAUCGGAGCGCAUACUCGCCGUCGCUGGCAAUCAGCUGAGGGACGAGUUGAGCACAAAUGUUAAAGAAUGCCGCACUGGUGAUGUGCGCAUCACGCGUGGAUACAAUCUGCCAGCCAAGUAUGUGCUGCAUACAGUGGCGCCUACAUACAGGGAAAAGUUUAAGACGGCCGCCGAGAAUAUGCUGCAUUGUUGCUACAGAAACGUUCUGUGUAAGGCCAAGGAGCUGAACCUGCACACAAUCGCCCUGUGCAACAUCAGUGUCCACCAGAAGAGCUUUCCAGCGGACGUGGCCGCACACAUUGCACCUGCGUGAGUAGUGGAACGCACCAUCCGACGUUACCUGGACAAGUGCACCCUUCAGGUUGUGAUAUUAUGUGUGAACAGCAACGAACGCGGUACCUACGAGGUGCUGGCCCCGCUCUACUUCCCCCGCGAUCAGCUGGAGGAGCGCAGCGCCCUUUGGCAACUGCCCAAGGACAUCGGCGGUGAAUUCGGCGAGCCGCAGCACCCCGAUCCUGACCGCCAGAUCCGCAUCAUUCGCAAUCCCCAGCACAGUGUCCACAUGCGUCACCGCCAAACCGACGACGAGUCCGACGUUAGUCCACACGAUAUGGAGGGCAACAGUUCGGAUCUGGAGUACGGAGCCAAGGACAUGAACGGCCUCAGUCCGAACUCCUACAGCAGUGGACUUCAGACCCAGCUUCAGUGCGAUCUGGACAGACAGCAUCUGCUCAGUGAUCGUCCGCGAGCCGGUGUCUAUGAGAAUGUCAUCUCGGAGGGCGUCGAGGGGAUCGAGCACCAGGAGAGAUACGAACGUCUUCUGCGUCGCGCUCAAGUCGAGGACUUGACGGAGGUCUCGGGCAUUGGCUGUCUGUAUCAGAGCGGUGUAGAUCGCUUGGGUCGCCCUGUGAUUGUGUUCUGUGGCAAGUGGUUCCCCGCCCAUAACAUUGACCUGGAAAAGGCACUGCUGUAUCUGAUAAAGCUACUGGAUCCCAUCGUUAAAGGAGACUAUGUUAUUUCCUACUUCCACACACUGACCUCCACGAAUAACUAUCCAUCGCUGCACUGGCUGCGCGAGGUCUACAGUGUGUUGCCCUACAAGUACAAGAAGAACCUGAAGGCCUUCUACAUAGUGCAUCCGACUUUCUGGACCAAAAUGAUGACCUGGUGGUUCACCACUUUCAUGGCGCCCGCCAUUAAGGCCAAAGUACACUCGCUGCCUGGAGUCGAGCAUCUGUACUCGGCCAUCACAAAGGAUCAGCUGGAAAUACCCGCCUACAUAACCGAAUACGACAUGGCGACCAAUGGCCUGCAUUACUUCAAUCCCGUGCCGACUGCCUCGUAGAUGGCGGCCAUUGUGGCUGUCUAAAGACAGCGCAGCCGCCAUAGCAUAUACAUAUAUAUACACCCACACAUGUGAAGUUUUUAUAGAUUUUAUAGAACGUAUUUUGUUUUCUUGAUAAGUAAUAAUUGUUUACUUGCGCAUAACUAUCGAUGUUGUUGUUUACCGAUUGAUCUGACGCAAGUUUUGUUGAGCAUUGUGUAGCAUACGUUUGUGGAAGGGCAAACAGCCGCCCUCCCACGCAUGCCCCCAACCAAUUAGCUAAAUGAUAAA